UCACAUAAAAAGAGUUUGUUGAGAAAAUGUGCAACUUUAGUCUGAUUGACAUUACAGGGAAUGGGAUUGGCAGUGGAAGAAUCAUCCAGCGUUUCCCUGAGCGGGACUGGCCAGACACCCCUUUUAUUGAGGGCCUGGAACUGUUCUGUCAACCACAAGGGUGGACAUUAUCUACAGAAAGACAAGAGCCGAAAUUCUUUGUUUCGGUGCUGACAGACAUUGAUGCCAACCGUCAUUACUGUGCCGUGCUUUGCUUCAAUGAGGCUGCUUCUAUAACUCCCAGUAAACCUACUGACGAGGAAGAAGAUGGCUUGGAGCUUAGCAAUGGUGGAGUGCGCACCAUGGGACACCCUGUCAACCUUAUUACUCAUCACUCGAUUAUGUAUGCUCCAAAGUGCCUCGUUCUUAUCUCCACCCUUGACUAUUUUGAGACCUUUAGGAAUUGUAUGGGUAUUGUUUACACGGUAUAUAUGGAGGGGUUGGGGGUGAGCAUGGAGACACUUAUUGGCAACAUGGUUGGUUACGUUCAAGUGCCACCUCCAGGAGGACCGCAGGUUCGGUUCAGUAUAGGUGCAGGUGACAGACAAGCUCUUCAACCUCCUGCCUCUCCAACACUGCCUGUUACUACUACCACCGUCCUUAGUCUCUUCAAUCAGUUAGGUGUCAAAAAUGUUUUGAUUCUUUUCUGUUCAGCCCUAACCGAGCACAAGAUUCUGUUUCAUAGUCAGUCCUAUAGCAGACUCACCGAAUCGUGCCAUGCUUUGAAAGCUCUUCUGUACCCUUUUAAGUACUCCCAUGUUUACAUUCCAAUUCUUCCAACCUCCUUAGUUGAAGUUCUUUCAACUCCGACUCCUUUCAUUAUGGGAGUUCAUUCUUCCCUUCAACAUGAUAUUGCUGAACUGAUGGAUGUAAUUGUAGCAGACUUAGAUGGUGGAGCUAUUCGUGUGCCAGAAAGUCUCACAGUUUCACUCCUACCUGAGCCCUUCUGGUCUCAGACCCAUGCUGCGCUCUCUAGGGUCCUUCACCCUGAUCUCAACACUGCAGACAAUGCCUUUCCCUCAAGUGCUGGAAUAAGAGCGUCCCCACACAUCAUGGUAGAUAAGGAGAUUCGAUCAGUAUUCAUGCGGAUGUUUGCUGAACUCUUGCAGGGAUACCGCUCUUGUCUGACCAUUAUCAGAAUACAUCCAAGACCAGUUAUUACAUUUCAUAAGGCCUCUUUUCUUGGCAACCGAGGGAUGGUGGACAAUGAAUUUGUAGGAAAAGUUUUAGAUUGUAUGUUCUUCACCACAUUUGUUACGGAAAGAGGUCCUCCAUGGCGAGUCUGUGAUUUAUGGGAUGAUCUUUAUUCCAACAUUGGGGACCAACUGCGCCUCGAACAGCAUGAUAGUCGAAUGCUUCUAGUCCAUAUUCAGGAACUUGCUCAACAACUAUAUAGCAACGAGAACCCUAACCCACAGCCAUUUGUUGCUAAGAUCCCAAAACCCACUGAAGGUUCUUUUACCCGUAUCCAUCAACCAGUCUUCCCGCACAUUGAUACUCAGCAGGUUCAGAGUAUCAUUGAUGAAGGCACUGCCAAAAAAGUAAAAAUACCCCAGAAAGCCGGUCAACCAAGAAUAGUACCAAUGGGACCCCAUAUCUCUAGUCUGCAGUCUGGUCGAGGGCUGGUAUCUAGUUCUGCCAGAAGAUUAGAGGUUAUGAGGAACUGUGUUAAUUGUAUAUUCGAAAAUAAAAUUAGUGAUGCUCGUAAAACAUUUCCUGCUGUUCUGCGGGCUCUCAAAAGCAAAGCUGCUCGCCUGGCGCUAUGUACCGAACUUAGUCAUCAUGUUCUAGGCAACAAGGCUGUGCUUGAACACCAGCAAUUUGAUCUGGUGGUUCGUCUCAUGAAUUGCGCUCUACAGGAUGACUCUCCAAUGGAUGAACAUGGUGUAGCUGCAGCUUUGUUACCACUCUCAACAGCAUUUUGUCGAAAACUCUGCACUGGAGUUAUUCAGUUUGCUUAUACGUGCAUACAGGACCAUCCAGUUUGGGGAAAUCAGCAGUUCUGGGAAGCUUCAUUUUAUCAAGAUGUACAGAAAGAAAUCAAGAGCCUCUAUUCAGAGAGAUCUCAGCAAACAAGCCGUACAUCGAUAUGCUCAGAUUCUCCUCUGAUAAAGGAGACUGCACUCAGCCCUGUUAAUCCCAGAGAUCCGUUAGAAACAGUCUCUUGGAAAGAAGGGAGAUUGUCUUUCAUCAGACCUCAGGAAUCUUCAGCACUGGAGAUAGCAGCAGAACAAAUGCGACUUUGGCACAGUAUUGAAUUAAAGAAACAGCGAGAAUUAGUAGAGCAAGAGGAGUCAACACUAUAUUCCCAAGCCAUUCAUUAUGCAAACAGAAUGGUUUUCCUGAGAGUUCCGAUAGAUGUUAAUGCUGCUGUUCACCGAAGAACUUAUAACGAACGAGAUACAGCUAGUAAUAGCAUAACAAACAGCAUGGCUGAAAGUGAUAGUCUAGAUGCUGAAUCAGGGUUCGAAGACCAGGAGCAAAGUGAUCGAGAGGCCAGUGUUGUUCGCUUUGUUUCCCGAUUUGUAGACAAAGUUUGCACUGAAGGAAAUGUCACCGAGGAGCAUAUCAAAUUAUUACACCAGAUGAUUCCUGGAGUCGUAGCCAUGCAUGUAGAAAUGCUAGAUGCUGUACAUAAAGAAUCCAAACGUCUACCACCAAUACAGAAGUCUAGCAUAUUCCUGCGUUGUGCAGAAUAUAGACAGAGUGUUGAUGGCACUUACAAACCUGACCCCAGGUACACAGAAAUUGCAUAUGGUCAGCCCAAGAUUUUGCUGCCAUCGAUGAUACCGGGUGAAGAAGUGAUGUACGAGGGUCUCCGAGUGUAUCUAUUGCCUGAUGGCAGGGAAGAGUCGACAGGCGGUAAUGUUGGUGGUCCGAUGUUAUUGCCAGCUGAAGGAGCAUUGUUCCUUACUAACUACCGGCUAAUAUUCAAAGGUCUCCCCACAGAUCCUUAUGCUUGCGAGCAGGUUGUUGUGAGAUCAAUGCCUGUCUCAUCCAUAACAAGAGAGAAGCGGGUUCCAGCUAAUCAGCACCCUGGGCCAAUGGAUCAGUGGCUCAAUGAGGGUCUCCAGAUAAGGUCCAAUACUUUCCAGUUAAUUAAAGUAGCCUUCGAUGAAGAAGUCUCUCAAGAAAGCAUAGAAACUAUGAGGAAAUUAAUCAACCGAUUGCGUCACCCACCUACCAUCAAUCAGCUGUUUGCCUUUGCUGGUCAGAAUCACGUUCCUGCAACUCCAAGUCGGCAACCAAAGGAUAAACCUGGUUAUGGAACACUUAGGGGCUUUGCAAAGAAAACCUUAAUGAAGACUGCCAAAGCUGCUGGUUUAAAACCGAGCAAAGGAGGAAAAAGGCACAAGUAUGUCUUUCCCAGUAAUAACAAGUCCAUGACCUCACCUGGACGGAUGAGUCUUGCCCAGGCAGCUAACAUGGACCUGAGCAAUGAGGAAUUGCCGUAUGAUGAUGACCUUUCCAGCUCGGGUGCUCGGUAUGGCUUCCUAGGUACAAGUAACAAAGGCCAGUGUAAGCUGCUCCGCGUAACAUCGCCAGUCAGCCGCAGUUCUGAGGAAUUGGACUGCGGUGGGAGACUGUCACCUAUUGUAGACGAACUGGAAGCUUCAGGGCUUAGCAAUGGGUCAACUGGGCAGCUGUCUGUUUCGGGGUUGGUUGGAGUACGUGAGGUUGACAAUAAGACCUUGGAAAAACUGUCUGAACGCAGCUACCAUAAAGACUACAUGCGUCUUGGUUUGGGUAGUUUAGGUAGCAACUCCACUACUGUUCCUCAGAGAAACAAAAGUGAAUUUAGAGUCUCAUCGUGUAAUAUUAAUUAUCAGCUGUGUAGAAGUUACCCAGCCCUGUUGUCUGUACCGUCCAAUACCAGUGAUGAUAGUCUCCACCGCCUUGCACGUUGCUACCGCCACAAUCGUGUUCCUGUCAUAACAUGGCGUCAUCAGCGCACCAAAGCCUUGCUCAUUAGGGGUGCUGGAUUCCAUGGGAAAGGCGUGAUUAGUAUGCUAAAAGGGCCUCCAACAACUGGAGGUACUGCAAGUGAAGUUUCAUAUUCAGUUGAACAAGAGAAAUAUUUAGCUUCCAUAGUUCAGUCAACACCUGUGUCAGUCCUUAGGGAUGGAUCUUCUUGGAGACUGACCGACUCAUCUCUGUCGAUCAAUUCCUUAGUGUUAGCAGCAGGUGGUGGUACUCUAGAUGUGUCUCCUUAUCAUCCGACUUACGCCACACUCACACCUGAAGUGGGCAGGAAAACAAAUCCUUUGUCUAAAGCUAUGAACACAUUACGGACAAGCGGGGGCAAGGGUCCUGGCAGGAUGGGGCGGUGGGGCUCCUUGCGAGGGGCACGACCUGGAGUGCUGUCUGUUGGGAGUGUUGGAGGGACCUUAGGGACCCUCCGUCACAACCCCAUAUCCACCCCUGGCCUUCGUUCCAGCAUCAGCACUGGCCCAAGACUCUCGGUCGAUUCUUCCGACACUGGAUCUGAAGCAGUUCAUUCCUUCCACAAGGCUGCUCUCUAUGUCUUUGGUGAAAAAACACAAAUUAAGGGUAUCAAGACAGAUGCUUACCAUAAGACAGAAUUCAUCCCUGUGGAUUUCACAGAAGUUCGACAGAUAAAGUCAUCGUUCAAAAAGCUCAUGAGAGCUUGCAUCCCAUCCUCACCAGCUGCUGAACAGGAACAGUCUUUUUAUAGAGCGGUAGAAAGCAGUGAAUGGUUAAACCAGUUAGAAUCCCUACUUCACUUGUCUGGAGCAAUUGUGGACCUUAUAGAUCUGUUAGAUGCAUCUGUGAUGAUAUUACUUGAAGAUGGCUGGAAUUUCUAAUUUCAGGUUACCAGCAUAGCUCAGUUGUGUCUUGACCCAUACUAUCGUACCAUUGAAGGUUUCAGAGUGUUGGUCGAGAAAGAGUGGCUUGCUUUUGGUCAUCGGUUUAAUCACCGUUCAAACAUUUUACAAGGGUCUCAGGCCAGUGGCUUUGCACCAAUAUUUUUACAAUUUCUUGAUGCUGUACAUCAGAUUCAGCGUCAGUUCCCUUUGUCGUUUGAAUUCAAUGAAUACUACCUCCGCUUUUUGGCAUAUCACUACGUGUCGGCUCGUUUUCGCACUUUCCUGAGCAAUUCUGAACUAGAAAGAGCAGAAUUAGGUAUCAUGACUGAAGAGGACAAAAGAGGUUCCUUGUCUCGUCACCAUAAAGUUGAGGCUUCACAGGAUGAUGAUAUUUACCCUGGAGGUGGGCGCAUAGGGUCACCCGGAUCUUCGGGUCAUUUGGGCGAGUCAGUAUUCGAUUACAUAGAGAAAGUCAUUGUACGUUCUUCAGUCUUUCACAACUUUCUCUAUGUUGGAGACAGGAUUAGUGAUUCUGGAGUUUUACGCCCAGUAAAGGAAGUGAGUGCUCUUCAAUUGUGGGGUUACUAUUUAGGUGAAGAGUUAAGACAUGGACCUUCAUAUGAUCCAGAGGUGAGAAACCAAGACCGCCAGCAAGAGGAAGAAGCAGAAGCAGCAGAUGGAACGAGCAUUACAUCACAGAGAAGAAUUGUUAUUAGUGGAAUUGUCUGAUGUUAAUACUGUCGUAGCUUCUAUGCCAACUCCAGGGGCACCAAAGAAAGUAGAUGAAAAAGCAUUCUUUGAUCUGCACACAAAACGACGUUCUUACAACUUUUGUGCAUCAGAUGGGCAGGCUGCUCAAGAAUGGAUAGAGAAGAUACAAUCAUGCCUGCAGUAAAAAUGCCCACAGUGCUCUUGGCAAAGAUUUGAUCAGCUGUACCCAAAGAAACUAUCUUACUGAUGUACUUUUCUUCAGUGAAGAAUUUAUCAGCUAAUCACUUUUCUGUCCAGCUUCAUUGCAAUGAGUGAUUUGUGAGCUUUGUAUUAUUGCUUUAUUCAUUUUGUUUUCCCAGUUGCUAAUUGCAAAAUCUUAAAAGAUGUUCCAAGAGAACAACACCCUCCCUGCCAGUCUUAUGUUAUUUAUGUGCAAUGUAUAUUUGGGCUUUUAAAAGAUACAGGGGACCAAUAUGAUAUCAUUUGAUGUUUAAAGCAAACACAUUCUUUUAUGAUUUACUGUUAUUUCUUCGUCUUGCCAUUGAAGAGGGCUUAAGGGGUAAAUCAUAUUAACAUUUAGGCAAGGGAGUUGUGUAUACUGGAGUCACUGAAGUUCUUGUGAAGUUGUGUUUUAAAAAAGAAAAUGGAUCUUGUUCAUUUUUCCUCAGAGGAAAUUUGUUCUAAGGCAAUGAUAAGUACAGAAUCAUAUGGCAGUGUUUAUGCUGGUAUAGAAUAAUUAAAGGUUAGAUUAACUGAUUGCAGCACGACAAACUAAAGCAGUUGUAGGGUAACUUAAAGAUUUGUAGAGCAGCAAAAAAUUCAGACUUUAAUUUCAGUUAUCAAAUGAGGUACAUGAAAAUCUUUUAUCAGGUUUGUAUAUUUUUUAACUGUUAAGUCAAAAUCGUUUAAAAAGUAUGAAAUGCCUUGGACAAAAUUAGUCAGUCUUUGAAGCUCAUGUGUCGGUAAGCAAAGUAUUUGAAUACAUGUUGCAAUACAAUGUAAUGUCUUUCUAAUCUCAGUAUGCUUGAUGUCUGGAAUUGAAAUGUGCAUUGUAAUGUGUUAAAAAAGGAAACAAGUUUAGUAUUGUUCCAUCUUUAUUUCUUCUUUUUGUAGGGAGAUUUUCUAUAUUUAGUACAAAGGAAAAACUACUUCACGAGAAGGAGUCAUAAGACUUAGUUCAUAAGACAUCAUUUUAAUACUUUCAGAUCAAAUAAAAAGCAUCAUUUAUGAACAAUUCUGUUUUCAUGGUAUUGAAGGUCACGGUAGCUAAACAGGAAUUAGGUAAAUUUUUGUGCAACUGGAAGAUUUUUAUUCCUAAAGAUGUGAAUUCAUAUAUAGUGUAAUUUACUGAAAAGCUCAGUAUGCCAUACAACAGCCAAUCUUGCAUCGUUGUUCUUUUAAAUUUGUUUUUAUCUGAAAUCUAGAAUGCUGUUUUUCAAAAGUAACCAUAAUCAUUCUACAAUAUUAACAAUAGAGGAUACUGUUAUUGCCUUGCAAAUGGAAUAUUUCUUACUUAGGUUGUUUUAUGGGAACUGUUAUUAGGCAAGCCAAGUAGUUGGGCAUUAUUCCUAAUACUGUGGUUGUAUCUCUCCAAAUGUGUAUGGACACAGGCACACGCACACUAAUCCUCACAAUUAAACUUCGGCAUUCCUUUUUAAUUUACUUGUAUGAUUUUUCUCCGUAUUCAAGUGGCAUAAUGGACUUGUGUUUCAAGUGAGUAAAAGUAGUAGGAUUUCCUUUGAAAUGUGACAGAUAUGUUUUAUGAAUACAGUUUCCUGAUACUUAUGCCAUUAAUUUGUCUUAUAAUGUCCAGUGAUGUAGGUGGGUAUAUUAAAAAUCUCGGAAAGACUUUCAAAAGAAAAAACAUUGAAGUGUUAGGUUGAAGAAGGUUGCAACGUUUUCAUCCGGGUAUUUUCUAAGAAAACACAUGAACUGGAGGAAUAACAAUAUGGGUGUUUUCUUUCUCAGCUGCUGAACUAACAUUGUGUCAUCAUAUUUUGGUGCUAGGCUUCUGCAGUAUGAUAUGUAUAUUGCCACGCAGACACAGUAGUAUUAAGUUAUUAGCAUCUAUUUUUUGAAAUACAGAGUAGUAUUGCCAAAUAAUGAUGGCACUUUGGUAGCAAGGUUAACAAAAUUGUUACAAUAGACCUUACCAUGUGUAAUUUGUUAUAUGACCCCUCUUUUUUCUUUUCCAUAAGUUAAAAGAAGUCAUAAAGUUGGGACUUGUCUUGCAGUCCAGUUAUACAGUAUUUAGUAAUAAAGCAAAAUUAUGGCACAAAAGAUUCUUGAGGAUGUUAAAACAUAAAAUAAAUUUGUUUGAAAUACCGAAUGAUUGCUGGCAGUGUUGCUAGAACCUAGCUCUCCAUAUAAUGCCAGUGACGCAGAUAGGAGGGUCAGAAGGCCUUGAGUAAAAUAAUGAAUAUUUUUGGCUUUUGUACAUUGCUGACCUGUGUAUGAUUAUAGUAAAGGAAGUACAAUUCAAGACCCCAUAAUAAGUACCCUGCAACUGUAACUCUUGUGCUUAUUGUUGAAAAGAGAAUUUCAAGGGUUAUUUUAUAUUUUAUUUAAUGAUAAGAGAACGUGUUGGGUAUUCGGUAUGAGAUUUUUACAAUAGCUGAAUAGGUUAUUAGCUUACGUAAAAGUUGUUAUUCUCAUCAGUCUUGAUAUAUAUGAAUGUGGGGACAAUUCCCUUUUAGGGAUGUGCUCCUAUCAUUAAAUAACUGUUGAUGUGUAUCUUGCUGUUCGUAACUGUUAUGUACAAACAAGUUAUCAUUUGUAGUGUGAUCAUAAUUGUAAGUUGACAAAAAAUUGUUAGAGGACUGAUGGCAUGGGUUUUGUACUAAGUAUAAUUAGUGGAAUCGGUUGAACUUCAGUGAGUUGAGGUCGUUACUGGCGAGAUUCUGGGAGCAGAGCUAGAUGACCCUAGAAAGCUCAUUGUUGUGAUUGUGCUAAGGCAAACUGAAAUAUUUCUUUUAUAUCCAAAUAUGAGUUGUGAAUUAUUCUGAAUGUUUCAGGGUUAAUGCUCAUUUUAGUAGUGAUAUUAAGUCAUGGAUUGAAUAAAGCCUUGGCAUUGUUGUGGGUCAUAUAGUCUUGGUUUAUGUUGAAUCUUCCUGACGUUGAGUCUUGCUGGCAUGCCAACUCCUGUAUUUUCAAUACUCGUAAGAUCUAGUAUGUGUGAAAGACGUGCAUUGUAAAAAGUUUAGGAAAUUAUUGGGGGGCUCAAAGAGUGCACCUCUGCUAGUCAUGACAUAGAAUUAAUUUUUUUAUUUUUUCUGAGGGUUAGAUUGAAUUUAGUGUUAUUAUUAAUCUCCAACCACCAGUCUUUUGUGUUGAAAUUCUUUGAUGAAGUUGAAGUAAAACGUGUUGAUAUUAAUAUUUAGUAGCAACAGAUAUUUAGUAUUAUGUACAGUAAUUUGCUUUUGUCCCUAUUUCAGAUAAGUCCCUCUUUUCUGAUUGUGUUGUUUUCUUUUCUAUUUGUAGAAGCCUUUUUUAUUAUUUUUCUAUUUUGUGUCUUAAAGACACCAAGCUUCAUUCAGAUGGACUUUUGGUGGAAAUCUGCAUGACUGCACAUUUUUAUACGUUGUUAUUCACCUUCCAGAUUAGCUAGGUACUUCAUCAUUCAUCAUUCAGUGUAGUGAUUUAAGUGUGAAAAUGUUCCUGUAUGGUAGUUCAUGAAACACCAGGAGUCAUUUUACUAUGUAUCCUUGAUUUGAUUGUUUAUGGAAGUCUUCUUUUGGUGUCGCUUGAAUAGAUUGAGUCGAUAUCUGCAAGCAUAGCAUUGUAAGUUGACUGCCGCGUAAAUGUUGGAGGAUCUGUUUACAAGAGUUAUUUUUUAUUCUAAUUUGAUCCUCUUCUACUUUCUGGAAUCUGUUGGGCAUUGAAAUGACAACAUUUUGGAAAAUUCAUGUUUUGAUUUUACUUUUUAUUAUGCUUUAACUGUACUUUAAUUAGUCUCUUCAUAUAGGCAUCAAUUUUGACCGCUCGUGUCAUCUUGGGGUUUUUCCGUUGUGCUCCUUACAAAUAUUAUUGUUAACUUUGGAAUGGUCAGUUUUUCUUCAGAAUUAAUUUGAUAAGAUUGCUCACUUUUUUUAUUUUGUAUAAAGAAACUGUUAAAAAAACUUAUGGCAUGAUAGUACUGCAGGGAUAUACAGAGAAAAAUGGGCCCACAAGAACACAGCCAUAAGGGAGUAUGUAGUAUGCUCUGUAAGCUUCAUUCAUCUGUAGCUUAUUAAGGUGUUCAGCCAUUUCCUGUUAGGCAAAGCAUUUAGGCUGUGUUUGGGAGACAAUGCUUCUCAUUCUCUUGGAAUAUUGCAACUCCAAAGGAAGCAAUGCCUGCAUAUUAUUGCACAUUUUGUAGUCAUUUUAGGUAUGAACAUAGAUGUCAGUUUUAUUUUAGCUAAAGAAAGGGACACCCAGUAGUAUUUACUGUCAUUUUAUCAAAGUCAGCAUUAUUCUCAUUUCCUUAGGGAUGAUGGCACUUUGUGCGUUCUACUGCUUUGAAAAGUUCACUAAUGUAUAAAGCAGAGAAAAUCUUAAAAUAUUUUGAGUUGAUCUCAUACAAAUUUAGUUGUAUGAAAAUUUUGUUUAUUUUUUCUAGCUAUGUUGUUAUAUAAUUCUUUGGAGAAUGGAAGAGUAUUUUUUUUUUUUUCAUUUAAAUGUCAUCCUGUAAUCUGGCUAAUAUCCACAUUUGUGGAUAUGAAGCAGUUAAACAAAUUACCAUUAUUUUUUUUAAAUAAAAGUUUUUAGUUGUCAUUUUUGAGGGUUGUAGUUUUUGUGGGAAAGGUAGUAUUUAGGAAGCAGAAUGAUUGAUGUAACAAAUUUUUUUUUGAGUUCUUUAUGCUUCUUAUUGGUGGUUGGCCCAGAGAAACAUCUUACCUCCCUGAAAAGAUGGUAAAUCUUCAUUGCCUUCAGCACAUGCUAUGCAACUAUGUAUUAAUAACCUCACUGGGAGUAAUGUUUGGUUCCUUUUCUCCUUGAAAUUGGUAGGUUUAUGCAAGCAAUGUCUCUCAUAGAGAAAAUACAGUAUUAAAAGUAAAUACUCUCAGUAUUACUUGGUUUUCAAAAUUUUAGUAUGUUAAUUGGAUCCUAGCCCAAAGUGUAUGUAAACUGUGUAAAUCAUAAAAUUCUUUCUUAUUAUGAAUAAUAACCAGCUCACUGUUUUGAAUAGACAAGUCAUCAGAAAUACCAAGUUCUUAAAAAAACUUACUCUUAUAUUGAAUAUUUUAAUUAUGCUGUUACAAUAGCUGCUCCUUAUCAGUCCAUAUGCUGUGACAGAUGUUAGUAAUUGGUUUCAUUGGUCUGUGCUUGGUUCACUUUUAUUGACUUGUUAAUAAAACUGGUAUUCAGAUAUUUCAGCACGCCCGUCUCUCCAUGUCUCUGAUUAGCAAGCAUAUUAAUUCACCGUCACAUUUUGAUUAUCAGGGCUAGAUCAGGUGUACUCU